AUGAUGUCUUCGCAAGAUGAGACGUCUCCAAGCGCACAAGUGCAAGAAGAAACCAAGCCAGUAGCGCUUGUCACUAAAACGGCUCCCUCCUCACAAACCAACGAGAACAAGACCAGCGAUGGCCCUGAAUCCGACGACCCAGUCCCUCACCUCCACGCGAAGACCUUUUUAGCCGUGUUUGCCGUGUGCCUCAUCUACAUCGCCCAAUUGAUCAGUCUUGUGGGCGCCGGAGCUCAAGGUCAAACCAUAGCCUCCCACUUCUCUUCCCCAACCCGAUCAAUCUGGUUCUCCGCCCCCAUCACCAUCCUCACUGUUGUCCUCGGCCCCAUCACCUCUCAAGCGGCCGACUAUUGGGGACGUAAAUGGUUUCUCGUCAUCCCCACCUUCCUCGGCGGCGGGGCAGGGUCGCUCAUCGUCUCCCGCGCACCCUCCAUGCCCGUCGCCAUCUUGGGAUUCGCCGUCAUCGGUCUCGGCUUCGGCUCGCAGCCUUUGCUGCACGUGGUCACCUCGGAAGUAUUGCCCCGUAGAUGGAGGGCGUGGGGCCAGGCGGCCGACAUGGCGAGCAAUACGUUAGGUGCAGCGGUGGGACUCUAUAUCAGCGUGCUGUACGAGUCGGAUGCGCUGCUGGUUGGGGUGAGGUACAGUCUGAUCAUGAUCAUUGCUGCGAUCUUUGCUUGCUUGACAGGGUGGUAUUGUGCAGUUACAAAGCGUGUGAAGUGGGCGACCUUUGCCGCUUUCGGGAUGUUUAUCGCCUUCUUUAUAUGCAUGGCGACAACUACGAGGAAGACGGAUAUACCAACUUGGGGCUAUACGGUUCUUUUGGGGAGCGCUUUGGGCACGACUCUCACUACGCUUGUCACAGUUGCGCAGUUGUCGACACCGCCGGAGCUCAUCAGUGUUGCCAGCGGACUGAUCAUCAGUAUUCGGUCGCUGGGGGGAACCGUUGGGUUGGCCGUAUACAAUGCGCUUUUUCACGAUGUGAUGAAGAAUUUGGGAAACAACGUUGGAAAGGUUGUUGUGCCAAGGGGAAUAUCGCCCGAUGAUGUGGAGAUGUUUGUCACAGCACUUGAAGCCCAAGAUCAAAAGAUGUUGGGGACAAUAUCUGGAGUAACGGCGGAUAUCGUUGAAGCCGGUGCCAUUGCUUUGCAAGAAACGUUUGUUGUGGCGUUCAGGCACGUUUGGAUCGCCGGUGCUUGCUUUGUUGCGCUGGCUGCCGCUGUUUCUCUCCUCUUGUUUGACCCGGAAAAGGAGUUCAACAUGCACAUUGAUGCAUCUGUUGAGAAGGAGGAAGAUUUGUAUUCCGUCUGA